UGUCUAAAUUUUAGCAGUGUGUAGAAUUAUAUUACCCGCUUUUUUCUGAUUUUAUUAUUCGGCAACUUUACAACUAAAUUCUUUUAAAUUCAAGAUGUCCUUGUCAAAAUUAUCCUCAAUUACUCUAAAUAAGAUCGUUUAUAGAGGUUUAUUAUUUAUGCAUGAUUGUGUGGACCGAUCUCAUCAGCCGGUCUUUAGAAGCAAUAUGCGGAGACUAUCGUCCAAAAGCUCUGGCACCACAAAAUCCUCUGAUGCUUCCAAUUGUGCAAAGAAUAAGGAAAAUAAGUCUGCUGCAAUCGAUAGAAAGAAGGAUCAGGCAAAAAUAGAAGCAUACGAGAAGAAAUGUAUGGAAAUUCAAAAAAAGGCCCUAGACGAAGAGAUCAAAAACUUAUCCACGCUAGACAAAAAAUUAAUUCAGAGCAUGAUGCAGUGUCUAGCAGAGGGUAUGAAAAAAGCGUGUAAGGAACGGGCUGAAAAAAAAAUUGCUGAAGAUAAAGUCAUCGAUGCCCAAUGUUUAGAGUUAGCCAAAAUGGACAAGCUUCGAGCUUUGGUAAAGAAGUUUGAGGAAAAAUCCAAAGCGAGUCCUUGCCCUAAGAGCAACUCUAAAACAAAAUCAUCUAAAGGGCAAAAUAACCAAGGCAAACAGAAAGGUGGAGAGGAUAAAAGUAAGAAAUCGACUAAAAAUAAUGAAAAAGAAAAAGCCGGUAGUAAGCAAGAUAAGAGCGGUAAGGAUCCUAUAGAAACAAUAUGUGAUUCUUUAAAAGAUAAGAAACCUGCGAAAGGAAAGCCAACAAAUAAGUUCACGUUGAAAUUUGAAAAAUGCUUAAGAAACGAAUGGGCCAAUGUUUGUCAAUGUCGCAAAAAAUUUAGUAUAAUAGAGAAAAAGAAACUUGCAAAAUUUCAUAAAAACUUAGAUGCAGAGUUUAAAAAAAUAUGCCCAGAGAAAGUUGAGAAAGAAUUAUGCAAGGAACUUGCGCAAGAAAAAUCAAAGAAAUCUAAAGAACAGAAAAAAGCUAAGAAAGAGAAGAAAGCUAAGAGCCCAGAGGAGGAGAAAAAGCAAACCGAACUUAAAAAAGAAUUGCUUAAACAACAACAAAAAGAAGAAGAACUUAUAAAAUGUGAACUGAGAGAUCUGAAAAAAAAAUGCCAAGAGGCCGCUAAAAAGAAAGAAGAGGCUGCGAAAAAGGUGGCUGAACAAAAAAAAUCUGCAGACUCGGCUAAAAAGUCGGGUGCGAAAAAAUCUGGAGAAUCUCCCAAAGAAAAGAAACCUGCAAAUGCUGCUACACAAAGCAAAAAAGCGACCCAGAGCAAAAAAACAGAUCCUGCAGCAAAUAAAAAGCAGAAGGCUGAUGGCAAAAAGCCUGUAAAGGGUGACAGCAAAAAGCCUGUAAAGGGUGAUGGUAAGCAGCCUGCACAGAAGGGUGAUGGCAAGCAGACUGCACAGAAGGGUGAUGGUAAGCAGACUGCACAGAAGGGUGAUGGUAAGCAGACUGCACAGAAGGCUACACAGAAAAAGGAGGGAUCUGAAAAGAAACAGUGUGAAGAGAGGGCUAAGAAAGAGAAGGAAGCUGCUGAAAAGAAACAGUGUGAAGAGAGGGCUAAGAAAGAGAAGGAAGCUGCUGAAAAGAAACAGUGUGAAGAGAGGGCUAAGAAAGAAAAGGAAGCGGCUGAAAAGAAACAGUGUGAAGAGAGAGCUAAGAAAGAGAAGGAAGCUGCUGAAAAGAAACAGUGCGAGGAGAGGGCUAAGAAAGAGAAGGAAGCCGCUGAAAAGAAACAGUGCGAGGAGAGGGCUAAGAAAGAAAAGGAAGCCGCUGAAAAGAAACGGUGUGAAGAGAGGGCUAAGAAAGAGAAGGAGGCUGCUGAAAAGAAACAGUGUGAAGAAAGGGCUAAGAAAGAGAAGGAAGCUGCUGAAAAGAAACAGUGUGAGGAGAGGGCUAAGAAAGAAAAGGAAGCGGCUGAAAAGAAACAGUGCGAGGAGAGGGCUAAGAAAGAAAAGUUAGCCGCUGAAAAGAAACAGUGUGAGGAGAGGGCUAAGAAAGAGAAGGAAGCGGCUGAAAAGAAACGGUGUGAAGAGCGGGCUAAAAAAGAAAAGGAAGCGGCUGAAAAGAAAAAGAAAGAUGAGAAAGCUAAAAAAGAGAAGGAAGCGGCUGAAAAGAAAAAGUGUGAAGAGCGGGCUAAAAAAGAAAAGGAAGCGGCUGAAAAGAAGCAGUGUGAAGAGCGGGCUAAAAAAGAAAAGGAAGCGGCUGAAAAGAAAAAGAAAGAUGAGAAAGCUAAAAAAGAGAAGGAAGCAGCUGAAAAGAAACGGUGUGAAGAGCGGGCUAAAAAAGAGAAAGAAGCGGCUGAAAAGAAACGGUGUGAAGAGCGGGCUAAAAAACAAAAGGAAGCGGCUAGAAAGAAAUUGGCUGCAGAUAAGAAAAAAACUGCUGCCAAAAAAUCUCCAAAUGCUGCUCAAAACAAAGACAAAAAAGGUAGCAAAACCAACGCCCAAAAUAAUCGGAAGCAGAAGGGUCCUAAACAGAGUGGCAAAGAUGUGGCCCUGGAAAAUAAGAAAAGGAAGGAAGCUCUUAACAAUAGGCAAAAGAAAGCGGCUGCGUUGAGGAAGAAGUGUGCCAAGACGGAUAAAAAAUCGUCGAAGAACGACAAAAAUUCGAAACCGAAAUAAGCGUAUUUAAAUUAA